GCACCAAGCCGAGACAGGCGACCGAGGUGCGAACGUGACCGAGGCGCGUUUUUAAAGACACAGGAAAAUAUGUCAGGCACUGCUCUCGGGCAUUGCCCGCAUCCCAGCCUGACAGCUCCCAGGCCAGAAUCCACAUGUUGCGGAAGCUCUGCAGUAGUGUGUGCGCUUUCAUCUGUGAAGGGGCUCGGCGCGAAAGAGCGCCAAAUUGGGUGUAGGAAGGCCAAGAGACGGUGGUUGGGCGGAAGGGCUGAGGUGUCAUAUUGGCGUUUUGACUCUUUUGACAAGUGUACUGCGUUCUUGGGCUGUCUAGUUGGGGAACACUGCUAUUUUGAAGGCCGAUCGGCCGUUCGUGAUUCAAAUGCUCCACCGCUUGACAUUCGGACUUGGAAAGCGCGCCAAACUGUAGCCAGCAGAGUCGGCAAGUUCAAGGACUCGGAGUUGGCCGCGAACGUAACUCCCUCUAACUCCAGUAAUAACAAGCGUACUACUACUGCAGGUCGGCGGAGUAUAACAUCUGCUUGUGCUCGCCCUUAUCUACUAGCUCCCGUCUACACCCAGUUUUGCUGGCAUUCACAUCAUCGUCAUCCGCACCGGACUCCAUCUUCAUGCGCAUCUUUCCCCCUAUUUUCUUCUUUGUCUUCCUACGGAUCCAGAAUCUUUCUUACUUAUACUGAAUGUGCUGUCGCCUCAGCUUUGCCAAACGACGAUCUUUUACCUCUAGUAGGUGUGGCGCGAUCGCGAAUUACCUGUGCUGUAUCCACGGUGCCCAGCGUUUUUCGUAGUCGGAAAUCGGUGUCAGCGAUGGAGUUCCUUCCUGUGGCGAGUGGAGAUGCGAUGAAAAUCGCCGCGUUUGGCAACACAGCCUUUGGGGGGUUAUCUCGGAAGAGCAGUUUUAGCGGGAUGACCACCAAGGCGUUGUUCGGCUUUGGUCGGCCUUCAUUGCCGGAGAUUGUGCAGGCUGGCGACCCGGUGCUCCACGAAAGGGCAAGAGAGGUGAGGAGGGAAGAAAUAGGGAGCCCAGCGAUCGAGAAGACGAUCAACGACAUGGUUGCGGUAAUGAGAACUGCCCCUGGAGUUGGGCUUGCUGCGCCGCAAAUUGGUGUUCCUCUACAGAUAAUUGUUCUGGAGGAUGCCAAGGAGUACAUGCGGUACAACACUCAGGAAGAACUUGAGCUUCAGGAGAGGAAGCCGUUCAACCUCCUGGUGCUUAUUAACCCAGUCCUGACUAAGGUUGGAAAGGAGACAGCGGCGUUUUUUGAGGGAUGCCUGAGUGUGGAGAAGUACCGGGCAUUGGUAGAGAGAGCUCUGGAAGUUGAGGUAAAGGCCCUGGGCAGAGACGGGAAACCAGUUCACAUCAAGGCAAGGGGUUGGCAAGCACGCAUCCUCCAGCAUGAGUGCGAUCACCUGAAUGGUCUUUUGUAUGUUGAUCGAAUGGUGCCAAGAACAUUCAGGAGUGUGGAGAAUCUCCAUCUUCCUUUAGCUGCAGACUGUCCUCGGCCAGGCCCUUGUUUGCAUCCAGUGAAACGAGCUUCAGCCUGAAUUCUUCUUUCUAUUUGAUUUGUUCUGUUCAGAAUCAGCGAGGCAAGGACGUCGACUUGGGGCUUUCCUUUUCCAUGCACACGCAAGUGAAGAUGCCAAAGAGGGCAGCGUGGUCGACGGAUAUGACCUGCCAAAGACGCCGAAGCACGCCCGUUGCAACCGGCGUGGUAGGCGCAUGCCUUCCUCUAUAUCCGCGAGGCGGGCGACUACUCAGCAUUAUCCUCUCUCUUAUCUGGAUGUACAUAGUGUUGUCAUUUUGCUGCACUUUUGCAAAAGGCUGAAGGCUGAAGGGUGCCACCUAGGCAACGUAUGGCCAAUGUCUGAAAUUAUUUUCUCUAUGUAUGGAUGCACAGUUGUCUUGAGGAUUCUGAAUGUAGAAUCCUGAAGUGGGGGGUAAUGAUCAUUACCUUACUACUGCAUAUCGCCGUGAACUAGCACUUGUUUCUUUCUUUUUUUUUAGUCCUUGUUUUAAUAGGAUCUGGCCUAAAGGAAUUUUGCCAUGCAAGCCCUUGUGAACUAGCCCAUGUUGACCUUGCCCUUGUCUAGUUCCUAGCCUGGGAUUGGUAUGUCUCUGUAAAUAUGUGUCCAGAGCUUAUAAGUGACGCAGACACACGUUUGUGUGUUGGGGGGUUAGCGUUGAAGAGCGGAGGUCAGGGCCACAUCCCUGGACAAGCACGCACAGAGAGAGAGAGAGAGAGAGAGAGAGAGGAUCUUCUUGUGUGGUUUUGUGAAUAAAAUUCAAUAAAUGUAUAGUUAUUUUUGUGGUUCUGUGAAUGAACAAACGUAUUUUCGGCCACGGAAAUGUAUCUUGGCAGGUGGUGCGCGGGCUGGUUAGACAAAGCCCCACCUGGAGCACUCGAGGCGGAAUUCCUGGUAUGAUAUGAUGAAAGAGCCACUCCAACAUGUGGGAUUCAAGGUGGAAGCUCAAGUUCACUAAAAAGUUAGUAAAAACAGCUACCGCUUCAUUCUCAUAUCGGCCUGCUUGUCUGCCUUAUGGCAGCGUUACAACAGGUGCCCGGAAUCUCUUUGGCUUUGUUAGGUCGGUGAAUGUUGUAGCACUCCUGUGUUAUCUCUUCCAAUACGCUAGUGAGGCGGUGAAAUGGCAAAGGGGUUGUGCCAUGGAGAACUUCUGGCUGAGUCUGAAGUUGGCAAAGCUUGUCAGACAUUGCGCCCGUAUACGGUGGUGGAUAAUAAAGCUGAUGCGUCUGCUUUUCUAAACAAAAUACUGUUGUGGCUUUUGGAUGGGUGGGUGCUAGCGAAGCUCUCUCAUCAAUGCCUUUGUUGUAUCUUGCUAGGAAGAUUGUCACGCCCGACCGGUCGGGCGUGAUGGACGUGCAAAUAAUGUUUGACGAUA